AUGAACACAGAUACAACUACAAAUCAGCAAACCGACGCUUCGACCGUCACACAGCCUGAGCCUCUCAUUCUUGGAGAACCUGUGGCCAAAAACCAAGACCGCCGCAUGAGUGACGAGUGGGAUGCCUCCAAGGUUCCCCCGUCUCGAUUCCAAAAACGCAAAGGCUCCAUCUACGCCACGCCUAGCUCCAGAGACGGACAUGUCGACAGGAAUUACCAGGACAAGUACCAUGCUAAGAUUGCCGAGAUGAACACUCGCAAGAAGAGUGUUUCCUCGUAG